GUGUAUAGUUGAAAAAACUUUCUUCGUCAGCACUGUCAGUAAAGGUGCCUGUAGUAGAAGCGUUGACAAGAAACUGUAGCCUCGUAGCGGAUGUUGCAUAAACUACUGAAACGCUACAGUUUAAAGCCCACUUGAUCUCCCUGCCAUACCUCUAUUUAAGCCAACAAACGAAUAGCAUAAGCGCUCAGUAUAUCAGUAAGAAUCGUUUGGAGUGCUAAAUACCCUUAUUCCGUGUAGUGUAUGUUUAUUAUCUUGAUCCAUACACGGUUAUUAAGUAUCUUUUUUCAUUUCCUAUCGAUUUGACAAUACGUCAUAAACAGCAGGUCGCCAUCGAAUUGGAGUGGCGUUCCGUAACGUAGAAUAUUGUAUAAAAUGGCAGACGUUGUGGAUUGUAAUUUUCCUGUUUGGGGACUUCUACCGAAAAAAGAAACCGGUGUCAAUCAAUUUCUCAUUAAAUAUCCCGAGUACGAUGGACGUGGCACGAUUAUCGCGAUCCUCGAUUCCGGCGUCGACCCUGGAGCACCUGGAUUACAGGUAACAUCUGAUGGUAAACCCAAAAUUAUUGGACGAUUUGAUUGUAGCGGAGCAGGAGAUGUUGAUACAAGCACUAUCGUGCAGGCUGAAGAAGGUUUUAUAACUGGCGUUACAGGCCGUAAACUCAAGAUUCCGUUUAAAUGGUCAAAUCCUUCGGGUGAUUACCAUGUGGGAGUUGUGUAUCCUUUUUCUAUUUAUCCAUCCAAAUUGUCUGAAAAAAUAACGGCCGAGAGAAAAAAACGGUGCUGGGACGAUGGCCAGAAAACAGCUCUUGCCGAAGCGACAAGGAAGUUACAGGAAUUUGAAGCAAGAACUUCACAAGCACCGAGUCCACAGGAAAAACUGGAAAAGGAAGAGCUCGAAGCUAGAAUCGAAGUUUUGAUGAACGCGGAGAAAAAGUACAACGAUUCGGGCCCGGCUUACGACUGUGUAGUUUUUCAUAAUGGGGUCGAAUGGAAAGCCUGUAUCGAUACGUCAGAAGAGGGAAAUUUGGAAGCUGGUGUUAGCCUUGGCGAAUAUUCGGUCAAUUACGAAUUUGCCCCGCUCACGCCGGAAGAUCAAUUGAACAUUUCCAUCAAUAUUCACAACGAGGGAAAUACCCUAGAAAUUGUCAGUCUCUGCUCUAGUCACGGGACACACGUAGCAUCUAUAGCGGCAGCAUAUUUUCCGGAGAGUAAGGAACUGAACGGUGUGGCGCCAGGUGCACAAAUAAUAUCUCUAACAAUCGGUGACGGUCGUAUAGAUCCGAUGGAGACGGGAACGGCACUAGUAAGAGCAAUUAUAUGGAUAAUGCAACAACGAAUAAAAGUUCACGUUAUAAAUAUGAGUUACGGGGAGCACGCUAAUUGGACCAAUACAAGUAGAAUAAUGGAACUGAUGAACGAGGUUAUUGACAAAUAUGGAGUUUCGUGGGUCGCAGCCGCGGGAAAUUUAGGCCCGGCAUUGUGUACAAUUUGUACACCACCAGAUAUCAAUUCGUCCAGUAUAGUGAGUGUUGGGGCGUACGUGUCCCCGGAUAUGAUGGUGGCUGAAUAUUCUUUGAGAGAAAAAUUGCCGGGAAUGCCGUACACUUGGUCCUCUCGUGGUCCAAUGGUUGAUGGUGGAGCCGGAAUCACGGUUUGCGCACCCGGAGGCGCAAUUACCAGCGUACCAAAUUUUACUCUUAGAAAAUGUCAACUUAUGAACGGUACAAGCAUGGCAAGUCCCCACGUUGCUGGUGCUGUUGCUGUGCUAAUAUCCGGCCUCGAAGCGAAAAACGUGCCGUAUUCACCAUACAGCAUCAAACGUGCCCUUGAAAAUAGUGCAAUGUACAUUGAACAUUUGGAUCCGUACGCUCAAGGUUGCGGACUUUUACAAGUUGAACGCGCUUUCGAGAACCUCGUCGAGUACAGCGAUGCUAUCGAACGAGACGUUCGAUUCGCGAUCAGCUGUGGUGUCAACGCUUCUAAGGGAAUACAUCUUAGAUCGGGAGUUAUUGAUCGACCGAAAGACUGUACGAUUACGAUCGAACCCGUUUUCCUCGAUACCGAAAAAACUGACCCACAAAAAAAAAUAGAUUUCAGUCUCCGUCUGUCGUUAAUAUGCGAGGCCUCUUGGGUACACUUUCCCUCGCAUUUUGAGCUGAUGAAUAUGUCACGCGCAUUUGCGGUACGAAUCGAUGCUGCCAAAUUGUCAGAGGGUGUACACUCCGCAUCUAUAAAAGCUUACGACGUCAAAAACGUUGAGAAAGGUCCCGUGUUCCGUAUUCCAGUAACCGUCGUUCAACCAAUGACACUUCCAAAAACUAUUAAUUUACCAGAUUUUCAUUACAACAACAUACUGUUCAAACCGAACACUAUUAAUCGACAUUUCAUUCUCGUUCCGGACGAUGCAACGUGGGCAGUUUUGAGGCUGAAAGGUACGGAGAAGGAAAAAACUGGAAGAUUCGUGAUUCACACGGUACAGCUGAAACCUCGACUAGUCUGCAAAACUCUUGAGCUUAAUAAAAUGAUUAACGUUACGUCACAAUCUGAAACCGUUCAGGGCUUCGCAGUCCAGGGAGGACUCAUAUUGGAGGUGGCUGUGGCUAAAUAUUGGGCUAAUUUAGGAGAAAUAUUGGUUGAUUAUUCUAUAGAAUUUCACGGUAUUCACGUAAUUGAUGGAAAUAUGACAAUGCAAUCGGGUGAUGGUAUUCAUCGUCUCGAAUUGCGGAGCUCGCUACGACACGAAGAAGUCGUGCCAAGUAUAACGUUGAAAACGGCCGUACAGGUACUACGACCGAACGAAAUGAAGAUUUCGCCAUUGGGAGAACGCGACGUUAUUCCACCAGCAAGACAAAUUUACGAGCUACAACUUACGUACACAUUCCACGUUGCAAAGACGACCGAGGUCACACCAAACGCCGCUUUGCUCAGUGAUUUACUGUACGAGAGUGAAUACGAGUCACAAAUGUGGAUGAUUUAUGAUUCUAAUAAGCAACUCAUUUUCUGUGGCGACGCCUAUCCUUCGAAGUAUACGGUUCACAAAAUGGAAAAAGGUGAUUACAAUCUAAAAAUGCACGUCAGGCACGAGAAGAAAGAUUUACUUGACCGUCUGACAGAAAUGCCAAUUUUGCUGAGUCAAAAACUUGCCUCGCCGAUUAAUCUUGACGUUUACGCUAACCAGUGUCAAGCAAUUAUUGGUGGAAAAAAAAUGGUCACGGCAUCGGUUCCACCAGGACACGUUAUUCCUGUUUAUAUUGCACCCAUAUCCAACGAGAACAAAAUAUCGAAAGGCGCCACCCUGGGAACGUAUCUCCAAGGUACCGCAACCUUCUGUAAGGACGAGAUUGGUAAAAAAGUCGAUUGUCACACCUUCAAAUAUGUACUUUGUGAACCUGGGAAAAAGAACAAUUCGAAUGCGAAAAACGAAAAAGAGAAAGUUAGUAAGUGGGACGAGUACAAGGAAACAUUGAGAGACGUCAAGUGUACCUGGCUAGCUAAACUCGCACCAUCGAUAAGGGCCUCACUUGCACGGCGAGAACCGUUGAUAGAAGCCCCUGAAGCCAUACAACGACCCAACACGCAUCGCAGAGAGUUAUUCUUUUGUCCCUGGAUUUGUCAAGAUGGAGUCCGAAGCACUCGGGAUCACAGUUGAAACAUUUUUUUAUUGGUGUUCUGGGCUGGGAUUCGCACCUAGGGUCCGCAAUAUGCAAGCCCGAGUUCCAAUCCAGACACCAACCGCUCUCCUUGCUUGAUGGAAUGAUAUUUUCUUUUUUUUUUUUAUGGAUGCUGAACGAGAUGCAAGAGCGAUGUAGAAAAUAUGACAAAAUAACUUUUAUCGGUAUUGAAUCGUUCUUCUCUUAUAAUGAACUCUAUUUCCUCAAAUAAAUGUUCGAUGCAGUGGAUUUCUCUUUCUUUAUAUUGUCUCUAUUUAUAUCUCUCUUUAGCGUCCAGCAAAAAUCAGUCACCACGUUGACGUUCCAUUUUUCUUUAAACCCUCUCUACAUUUCACUAAAUAGAGAGUCGGUAUCUUGAUAAAAUCGUUCUCCUUUUUCUUCACUAUAAUCUCCGAGGUUUUGAAGAAAGUAGUCGAAAAGAGAGUGUAAGAAGUGCAAUUUAAGAUUCAUCAAGCAACCCAAAUUUUUAUAAUUCUCUAACGACUCGUCUACCAAUUUCUGGUAAUUCUCACUUUUCGUAUUUCCUAAGAAGGCCUGAGAUAUAUUUUUUUAAUUUAGCCAAGCAGUUUUUUCAAUAUCACUCAUUUUAUCAAGAAAAUUUUCCUCUGAAAAUAAAUUCCGCAUUGGAGGUCCAUCGAAAAUCCCCUGUUUUUAUUUAGCUUUACUUAUCGCCGGAAAUUUUUCUUUCAAAUACUGGAAACAGCUGCCAUCUUUAUUCAGAGCAUUAACAUACUGCUUCAUAAGACCGAGCUUAAUAUGUAAUGGUGGAAGACGAUAUUUUGACGGGUCAAUUUAUGGUACUCUUAUAAUGUUUUUACUGCUGGGAUCGAAGUUCGUUCUUGUUAGCCACUCUUUCUAAAUGUAGUGUUGUUUCUUGUCCCUACUAUGCCAUAAACUCAAAAAGCAGGGAUUUUAUGUGAAACCCGAUUGUUAUCCUAAAAGUAUUGUUGCAAUUUUCAAAUCCGCACAAAUUGGCCGGAGAUGAUCCGAAUACUUUAUUUUUUCCAAUACAAUCUGUAAAUUUUGAUAAGUCUCUUCCAGUUUGAUCAAGUAUACUAUUAGAAUGGAUGCGUAUGUAUUUCUGUUAUGGAGUAAAACAGCUUUGAGACUUCUUUUUAACGAAUCAAUAAAAAGUCUUCACUCAUCAUCUUUGUACGAAUUAGGUUUCUGUGCAUCUACCAAGUCUUUUACAUCCUAAUAAUACAAUGAGGAAUUCUCUUCAUUGUUCACAAAAAAUUGCCGAAACUUUUUCUCCCUAUAACGAUAGAAAUAAGCUGAAGUUCCUUUUGUGAACAGAUUUUUUUUUCUCAAAUGCUGCUGCGAGAUAUUCAGCUCCGUCUUUAGGUAAUUCUCAAUCUCGUACGAGUUUAUUCAAUUCUUCGUGGUUGAAGGUUUGCGGAAAAUGUCUGCCAUCAUUUGGCAAAAAUUCAUCGUCAGCUGAACUUUUUCCUUCAAAAAUCUCGUCGACUUCCAUGACUUUCUCUUCAUCGGUAAGCUCUAAAUUCAUCGAUUCAGGAGUUACAAUUUCUUUCACGGCCUCUUUUUUUUGUUUUCAGAACUGAUGGAACGUUGGCGUAUACAACUUUACCUUCAGUAUUUUUAGUAAAACCUGUGAUAUUAGUCAUAAAAAAAACAAUUCUCUUGAGAUGGUGCAGAAUAUAUCAUAAGUAUUAUAAAUUGCUAGUUUAAAAAUUUUUUUUUGGAUCUGGCUGCGUUUGAGCGUGCUCACAUUGCCACCAGGGGAAAUUUCCCUUCACCCAAUAGAGUAAAAUUAAUUUCAAUACACGUAUAACAUACCUAAAACAGGUCAAAAAAUUUUUUAAAAAUACUCAUAACUACGAUUUUUUUACAAUUUUUAAAGGUUUUUUCGCUAUUUACUCAACGGUUUGAUGAUCCAAAGCUAAAUCAACCCGGACUGGCGCUCUGGUCUAGUGGUUAGCGUGCUUGCUUCUAAACUAGAGCGCCGGGAAGGUCCUGGGUUCGAUUCCCGGUCUCGUAGCCUUUUCGCGGAAAUUGAAAUAUGAGCGUGACGUAGCUCCAGGCGUAUGUAUGGGUCACACUCAGGUACUUGUACCUGUGCGACACAUGCAUAUGACUGUAGUUCAUGUUUACAUUCCCGUGAAAAGGCGCGACGUAGCUCCGAUACCGUGAGGCGAGCUCAGGGCCGGGCUGUAGUGGCACAGGUUUUCCGCAAUUUCCCUGUGCCCAUGGAAUCGAGUGCCAUGGCAAAUGCGCUACAGAGGGGGAAGUCGGGUGCGGCCGCAUGGGGGACUGGUUACUGAUCCGGACCAGACCCCCAGGGGGGAC